GUCAAUCAUUCCACCAGCUGCCCACCACCGACCAGAGUUUGACUUGAGAGCUACAAUGCAUGGUCUGGCAUUACUAGCAUUGGACUAGCCCCCUUACCUCCUCUCCUCUUCUCUCACACCCAACUAUGGCGCAAGCAGUAAAGAAGAAGCUUGUGGUUGCCGGUGGAAAUGGCUUCUUGGGUUCUCGCAUUUGCAAAUCCGCCGUUGCUCGGGGAUGGGAUGUGACUUCGAUCAGCCGAUCCGGAGAACCCACUUGGUCCUCUGUGACAUCUGAGUCCUCACCUCCCUCAUGGGCCUCUUCUGUCAAUUGGGCCAAAGGCGACAUCCUUAAGCCUGCAACAUACACCCCAUACCUCAAGGACUCCGAUGCAGUGGUACAUACCAUGGGAAUCCUACUUGAAGCAGAUUACAAAGGCGUCGUGUCUGGCAAAGAGUCUAUCGUGUCGGGGCUCUCGCGAGCAUUCAGUUCUGCAAAAGCCGGAAGUGUGGCGGAUCCUUUGAAACGGACACCCGGAUCAGAACUUGGGAAGGGAGAAAAAGAUGGUCAGAUUACUUAUGAAUUGAUGAAUCGCGAUAGUGCCAUUGCACUGGCACAAGAGAGUGAAAGAGAGGGGGUGAAGACGUUUGUCUAUAUCUCCGCCGCAGCUGGCGCACCAAUGCUGCCCUCGAGAUAUAUCUCCACCAAAAGAGAGGCUGAGAGUACCAUUGCCAGUCAACUGGUCAAGUUGAGGAGCAUAUUCAUCCGCCCUGGUUUCCUCUACGACAGCAGUCGGAAAUUCACACUGCCCAUUGCGGCCUCGGGUAUGGUAGGCAGUACCGUCAACAGCUUGGUCGGUGGCAGCUUGACAAGUUUGUUUGGUGCCGCUGUGGAGAAACCAUUGAAGGUCGAUCUCGUCGCUGAUGCUGUUGUCGAAGCUAUUGCCGACGAUGGAACCAAAGGCGUGAUUGACACAAAACUGAUAGAAGCAUUGGCUGCAAAGGCAUGGAGAAGAACCAUGCUUUAAUCAUGGGUCUAUGUGACACAGUGUACAGUAUUCAUAUUGGGCGUUUUCACUGGCUAAAAGGAACGGACCGGUCAAACUCUGCUUCCUCGUAUAUACUGAUAAUCUGUGGCAGACGUAACAGCGAAAGCCAAAAAUAUAACGCUUGCCGUCCAAAUGAGGAGAG